GAUUCAAGCGCUCUGCCUUACAUGUCGUGGAGGAGGACGGUUUGGGGGAAAGAGGAGAACAAUGGACUGAAAUUCUUUCUUGGGAGCCUAGGGCUUUUGUUUUUCACAAUUUCUUGUCCAGGGAAGAAUGUGAAUACUUAAUAAGUCUAGCCAAGCCUCACAUGGCAAAGUCAACUGUUGUAGAUAGCAAAACUGGUAAAAGUAAAGACAGCAGGGUUCGUACAAGUUCAGGAAUGUUUUUAAAGAGGGGAAGGGAUCAAGUUGUUAAUAGCAUUGAAAAAAGGAUAGCGGACUAUACAUUCAUUCCUGUUGAGAAUGGUGAAGGUCUACAAGUUCUCCACUAUGAGGUUGGACAAAAGUAUGAGCCUCAUUUUGAUUAUUUUCUCGAUGAUUUCAAUACGAAGAACGGGGGACAACGUAUAGCUACUCUACUCAUGUAUCUGACUGAAAUUUAUUGAAGCCAAUGAAAAGCGCAUUUUGAAGAAGUUCUUGUAGAGCUCUCAAGAAUUCUUUGAAGUGUUACUUUCUGAGUGCAUCAUAUACAUUUAGAAGUGUUGUUCAAAUGCUAUAUUAUUGCAUGAAUUCAUUAUAUAUGGUGGGACUUGUGCAGUUCAGAUGUUGAAGAAGGGGGUGAGACUGUUUUUCCUUCCGCAAAAGGCAAUUUUAGCUCUGUGCCUGGGUGGAAUGAGAUGUCAGAAUGUGCUAAAAGGGGCCUUUCUGUGAAACCAAAAAUGGGGGACGCAUUACUCUUUUGGAGCAUGAGGCCUGACGGGACUUUGGAUCCAUCAAGUUUGCAUGGUGGUUGCCCAGUGAUAGGAGGAAAUAAAUGGUCUUCUACUAAAUGGAUGCAUGUUGGUGAAUACCAUGUCUGAAUGUAUAUGGGCUCUCUAGUUUGUUUAUUUGAUGGAUUGACGGACACUCAAUCUGAUUUUUGUAAUUGUCAAAUUCCAUAUUCAGAAUUGAAUGUCCAAACUUUACAGCAUUUCCCCUUAGUUAGCUUCCUUAAAAUUCAAAACCUUAUACGGAGUAUGUUUAAACAGCCAAAACAGGCAUGCAUUGUAUAGACGUAUAGUCUGUAUCUAACACUAUUUAACAUUAGUGGAAAAACGUUAAUUGGAGGCGUUAAACCCGCCUAAAGCUAUGUUGUACAUCAUUAUAAGGAGCGCAAAUU